AUGCGUUGCGGGGAUACUGGGGAAGACUUGUUUUCGAAUAAUAAUGGUGAAAAAGGCCGUUUUUUUCUGCCCAAUUUUGGAAUCUUCCCACCUCAUGCGUUUCCGUUUCCGCUUUUGUACAUAGGGAAACGUUUGCACCCGACCGCAUCUUUCUCACACCCUCAACAAAUUGCCGACGCCUCUUCUCGCUUCCUUUCGGCCAACUCGACCAGACCCCGUGCACUCCUCCUCUCCUUCCGCCUCGUUUCCAGGGCCUCGCCGUCUUCCCCUCCUCCCUUGUAUCUGCGCCUGUCGUCUGCCGCGCCCCCCUCCCCGCCCUCGCAGCCACAUGCGCAUCAGGUGCAAACGGCGCAGCCUCUGGUCAACGUCAGAAGGAGCGAGCUCAACGAUGACCUUGCUCAGGUCGAACUCGGCGCAGAUCUCGACCGCUUUGAAGAAAUGUAUAUGAAGGAGUGCAUGAAGACACGCCCGGAUCCCACGGCAAAGUUCAACUACGCUUGGGCCCUCAUCCGUUCGAGAGAGCGAGCGAACAUCAAAAAAGGUGUGAUAAUGAUGCAAGGCCUUUUGGAGGACCGCUACGCUGACCGUGAUUGUCUCUACUAUAUGGCUCUGGGUUACUACAGGCUGGAAGACGUCGUCUCCAGCCGUAAGUGUCUGGACAAGCUUCUCAAGAUCGCCCCUAACUGUCGGCAAGCCAUCUCGCUCAUGGACAUAGUCGAAGACAAGAUCACAAAAGACGGCGUCAUCGGCAUCUCUAUCGUCUCCGGCAUCGCCGUCGUCGGCGGCCUGCUCGUCGCCGCGCUCGCCGGGGGAAGAGCCAACCCCAGAUAGUGUCCCUCUUUCAUUUUCUUAUUUGCAUCGUAACAUUCCAGCCCGCCACGAGUAUGCUAGCGCAGCGCCCAGCGCCCGGUUUAGUUGUAAACAGUCACACGCGUGUUCACCAGGCGG